AUGAAUAUAUCAUUCUAUUAUCUUCAUAUAUUAUUAUCAUAUAGUAUUGAUUUAUCAAUAACAAUGAAUUUUAAUAUAAUUUCUCUUAUUUUAUUCAUCAUUUUUAUUCAACAAUCAUUAACACAAGUACCACCAGUUGUACCAUUGACAAAUGCUUUAACAGCUGUCUAUUGUCAUAAUUCAGAUGAACCUGGUAUAAUGACAAUACGUUGUGGACCAAAUGAAAAAAUUCGAAUGUUAGAUGCAUUUGAUGCUACAGUUAAACAUAGAUCACGUUUACCAAUACAAUGUUUAAAACAAAAACAACAAUAUUCAAAAGAAUUAAAUGAAAAUUCUAAUAGUGUUGAUUGUAAAAUUCAUACAAGUUUUACAUCGGCUUGUUCAGGACGUGAAAAUUGUACAUUACAUAUGCAACGUAUACGUUUAAAUAGUGUUCAAGAUAAUUGUCAUAAUGAAUUAGUUGAUUAUACAAUGGCAUUUUUUGAAUGUAUAUCAGAUGUAUUUAUUCAUGAUGUUUGUUCAUCACAAGCAAUAACAUCUGCUUGGGGUACAUUACAAACACCAAAUUUUCCAAAUCCAUAUACAUCAAGUGAUGAUUGUUGGUGUAAAUUAUCAACACAAUUACAACAUCGUCUAUUACUUUCUAUUAUUGUCUUUCAAUUAAUUCCUUAUGAUAAACAUUGUGCUGGUGCUGGUCUUUAUUUACAAAGUAGUAAUGAACAACGAAGUACUCAAUGUACUUAUUUACAACAAGGACAUAAUUAUUUAAGUGAUACAAAUUCAUUAUAUAUUAAUUUUUAUAGUCGAACACCGACUGUACGUGGAGGAUUUUGGAUUAUUUAUGAAGCGAGUCAUCCUAAUGCAGAAGUUCAUUUACAUUGUGGAUCACAUGAUAAAAUUGGUGUACCAUCAUCAUCAAAUUCACAAUUAUCACCUUCAAUUUCAACUCCAUUUGAUCAUGGUUGGAGUCGUUUAGCAUUUAAUAAUCCACCAAAUCCAACAACACCAAUCAAUGAUCAUAUGAUGCGUAUGCGUAUGCGUUUCACUUCUACCACGCCUUACUCAUCUAUUAAUACAAACUAUAAAAUAAAUACUUCAACAGCUGUUGGAGCUUUUACAUAUCCACAUGGAGCAUUAACAACAUUUGAAUUAGCUUAUGGACCAAGUGGAUGGUAUUUAAAACAUCCAAUUGAUGCAUUGAAUAAAACAUUAAAUAAAUUUGUACGAACAACAACAGUAACACCUACAUUAUCAAUUUCAAAAUGGAAUUUUACUUGGUAUUAUACUCGACCAAGACGAAUAAAAUUAGUUACAACUAAAAGGACUUCAACAACAACAGAAUCAACGACUACUACUAAACAAACUACUCUUGUUUUUUCAACAACAACAAAAACAACAACAACAACAACAACAACAACAACAACAAUAUCGACUUCUACGUCAACAACUCAAACAGCUACUGCUCAUCAACGUUUAUUAUUUACUCAUCAACCAUGGGUAUUUUAUAGUUCUAGUAGUUCUCAAUCAUUUACACCAACAACAAAAACAACAACAAUCAAGUCUACAAUUCAAUCUUCUACAUCUUCAUCAACAUUAUCUUCUAUGAUUAUUAAAUCUACAUUACCAUUACCAACUCCUUGGUAUUCACCAGCUGGUCCUUUUGAUUGGUGGCAAUGGCAAUGGUAUACAAAAAAAAGCAAAACAUCAUCAAUAAAUUUUCAUUAUACUACACAAACUAUAACAACAUCUACACAAAUAACUAGCACAACUCGAAAAAUAUCUCCUACUACUAGUACUAUUGUCAUCACGACUACUACCACUCCUAGCACUACUGUCACUACUGCUAGUACUCUGAUGACUACAAUAAGUACAACACGUUUGACAGAGUCACCAAGUACAACUCGUUUGACGAAACCACCAAGUACAACUCGUUUGACCGAGCCUCCAAGUACAACACGUUUGACAGAACCACCAAGUACAACUCGUUUAACGAAGUUACCAAAUAUGAUAACUACAAGUAGUAAAUAUGAACCAACUGCUGAUUGGCUUCAAUGGCCUUAUAAAGAAAUUGAUACAAAUAAAAAAGAUCCAUCAGAUGAUGAUUUCGAAGAUGAAUAUCAAGAUUGGCUUGAUUAUUUUACUGCUAGUAAAAAUCAAGGAAUAAUAACAUCAACAGUAACACCGAGUACUUUAAUAUCAAUUUCAUCUGAACAACCAUAUCCAUACUUAGAUCAUAUUCCAACAAAAUCUAAAUGGAAAGUUAUAACUAUUAAUACACCACCAGCAAAACGUCAUCAUUCACAACCAAAUCCUGGUGUUAAUGAACGAAAUGCUCUUGGAAUUCAAUCUAAUGAACAAACAUCACCUUCGAAUGUUCAUAAUAUGAUUCGACGUGUUAUUGAACAACGAAAUAAAAAAAAUUCUACAGAUUAUGGAUGGUUAAGUAAAACAGAUAUGACAAUUGUUGCUGUAUCAAUUCUAUUUGUUAUUCUAUUGGCAAUUAUUAAUUUAAUUCUUUUUGCUGUUCGAAGACAUCGUCAUCGAAUACAAGGUCGACAUUUACUUAGUACUUCAAUUUCAUCGACAUUAGAUAAUCGAAGACUUGGAGGAGGAGGAGGAGGAGGAGGAAGUGGACAUUUACAUAGUCAAACAUUUACUGAUACAACAAAUGGUUUAAUUAAUACAACUAAUAAUACUAAUAAUAAUAAUGAUAUAUUACCAGCUGUUGGUGAAAUUGUUAUAUGGGAUGAAAAAGAUCAAGGUGGCUAUAUGAUUGAUAAUAAUGGAACAUGGGCUAAAAUUGAAGGACGUCAAUGGUUUGGUAGUCAUAUAUUUAAAAAUUGUAGUAAAACACCACUUGCAAAAAGUUUUCGAUCACGUUUUCGUUUUAUGCGUCAUUUGGAUAAAAAAGGUAAUCAUCAUCAUCAUCAUCAUCCUCAACCACCAAUAACACCAAAAACACAUCAAAUACAACAGCAAACAUUUAAAUUUCCUCUUCUUAUGGAUACUGCUACUCUUUCACCAGUACCUGAAGCAGAUGAUUAUGAAUCAUCUGAAUUAAGUCUAUCUGAUAUUAUUAUUCGAAGUUCAGCAACAACACUCAAUCAUUCAAAUAGACGACCGCACCACCACCAACAUCAACCAUUAAUGAAAUCUGAACGUAAACAUGAUUUAUCAUUAUAUGGUCAACAACAAACAACAAAAACUAUUCAAGCAUUAAUUCAUACUGAACAACAACAAAAUGAUGAUGAUUAUUAUAAACGAAUUGGAAAUAAUGGUGAUAAUUCAAAUUAUACUGGAAUGUCCGAAAAUGCAUUGAGAGAUUCAUCUAUAACUGAUCAAGAAACUGAUCGAAGUUUAGGUAAUGAAAUUGAUGCUGGCGGACCAGUUGUUGUUAGUGUACCAACUAUGAUUCGACGAGAUGAUGAUACUGGUACAAUAACAGAUGGUGCUGAAUCAAUUUAUAAUCCACAUUAUUCAAUUCAAUCAGUUAAUGAAUAUUCUCAUCGAAAUUAUAUUCAAUCAAAUACUAAUACAGGUCCAUUUUCAACAAAACCAUCUAUUAGUACAUUUAAACCAACAACAAAUAAUUCUGUUAUAAUUGGUUAUUGUCAAAAUGAUUUUCAAUCACUUGAUCCAAAAUUAUUAUUUAAAACAAAUGAUAAAACAUCAUUAAUUGAACAUCAACCAUUUUAUCGUUGUACACAAUCAGUACAAUUAUCAACAUAUGAUUCAGGUUUUGUUGAUGAACAAACAGUUGGAAGUUUAACAGCAAUUAAUAAUAUAAAUGAAUUUGAAAAUAAUUUAAUUAAUAAAGAUAAAAAUGAACAUAUGAGUAUGGAUGAUAUUUUAUUAACAAAAAGUGAAGAAGAUGAUGAUGAUGAUAAUGAUGAUGAUGGUGAUUUACAAUUAAAUGAUUUAAUAACAGAUGAAUUAAGAAAUUCAAAUCAACAAAAAUGGAAAAAUAUUUCUAAACAUGUUUCAUUUCAAGAAGAACAUAUUACUCAACGUUUUUCUCCACCAUUACCACCAUUAUCAUCAUCAUUUAAUACAACAGCAAAUCCAGAAACAUUAUCAAAUCCAUUUGAUACUUAUGAUGUUUCACCUGAUAUAAUUCAAUCAGUACCAAUUCCACCACCAUUACUUAAAUCUUUCUUACCUCCAACAACAACUUUAAAUGAUAAUUCACUAACAACAAGUAGUGUAUUUACUGUUCAAAAACAAAUAACAUCUAUUGAUAAUGAAGAUGAUAAUACAGAAAGUAUAAUAAUGAAUCAUUUACAUUCAGUAAAAUCAUUAAAAAAAUUUUUUGAAACAAAAAUGGUUAUACAACAACCAAUAUCAACUUUACAAACAAUAACUUGUUCUCAAUCAAUAACAACAAUUAAUGAACAAAAAUUUGAUCGUUCAUCAAUAACAAAAGAACAAAAAUCAAUAGAUGAAUCUGAUCAACGACAAGAAAUGAUGAAUAAAGUAUUGGAAAGUUUAAAAAAGAAAAAACUUUAUUCAAGAACAACAAAUGAUACUCCUGAACCUAGUGGUCGAUGUUCAGCAAUGACUACAUCAUCAUAUGAUUCAAAUAUAACUCAAAAUUUAGCUGUACAACGUCAUUAUUCUCGACGUUUUCGUUCAUCUUCAACAAGUAAUAAUUCACUUUAUCCUGGUGGUAAUAUAAUAAUACAUAUAAAUCCUACAAAUUCUUAUCAUAAUAAACGUGCUUUUUCACAAGAUCGUCAACAUUAUCAUACAACAGAUCAUCAUUUAAGUAAUAUUGAAAAAUGGAAACAAGAACAACAACGACAAAUUGAAUCUGAUGAUGAAGAUAAUAUAUCAGAAAAUUCUAUGUUAUGGCAAGCACGUACAAAAUUAAAUGAAUUUGUAACUCGUACAAGAAAAACUCAACAACAACAAUCACCAUAUUAUACAACAUGUACUAAUGGUGGAACACCAUCUGAAGACAUAUAUAUGUAUGAUGAUAAUGAAAGUGUUACAGCAGAAACACGUUUUUAG